UUCUUUCCAUAGAAAAAAAAAGUAAAAAGAAUUCUAAAGCUGUGAUGGUUUCUCCCCUGUAAUUAAUUCUAACUUAUAGAAAACUCAUCAGAAAAAUUUACCAGAAACAGCAACAAAAUUCAAUUUCUGGUUCCAAAUUAGAUCUAAUCUUGAUAUGAUUUAGAGCAAAUCUCAGAAACUCAAAAUUAAAGUUGAGAAGAAAUGGAGUGGACGACAGUACAGCAUCUAGAUCUACGACACGUAGGUCGCGGUGUUCAUAAACCAUUGCAGCCUCAUGCCGCUACGUUUCACCCUACUCAAGCUCUCAUUGCCGCCGCGAUCGGCUCUUACAUUGUCGAAUUUGAUGCGUUAACGGGAAGUAAGCUGUCUAGUAUUGAUAUUGGAUCACCUGUUGUUCGUAUGGCUUAUAGUCCAAUCAGUGGCCACUCAGUUGUUGCCAUUUUAGAGGAUUGUACAAUUAGGUCGUGUGAUUUCGACACGGAGCAAACAUGUGUAUUGCAUUCACCUGAAAAGAGAAUGGAACAUCUAUCUUCUGAUACUGAAGUUCAUCUAGCUUUGACUCCGUUGCAGCCUGUUGUUUUCUUUGGUUUUCACCGCAGGAUGAGUGUUACUGUUGUUGGAACUGUUGAAGGGGGCAGAGCACCGACAAAAAUAAAGACGGACUUGAAGAAGCCUAUUGUAAAUCUUGCUUGCCAUCCUCGCCUUCCUGUGCUGUAUGUGGCUUAUGCAGAUGGUUUGAUUCGAGCAUAUAGUAUUCACUCAUAUGCUGUUGCAUACACGUUACAACUUGAUAAUACAAUUAAGCUUAUUGGUGCUGGCGCAUUUGCUUUUCAUCCUACAUUAGAAUGGAUUUUUGUUGGUGAUAGACGUGGUACCCUUUUGGCAUGGGAUGUCUCAACAGAGAAACCUUAUAUGAUUGGAAUCACACAAGUGGGCUCUCAACCAAUCACAUCAAUUUCGUGGCUCCCGACUUUGCGGUUACUUGUCACAGUUUCCAAGGAUGGAACUCUGCAAGUGUGGAAAACGCGAGUGAUGCUCAAUCCGAAUAGACCCCCAAUGCAAGCAAACUUUUUUGAGUCUGCUGGAAUUGAAUCAAUUGACAUCCCUCGAAUUUUAUCUCAGCAGGGUGGAGAAACAGUUUAUCCUUUACCACGAAUUAAAGUGUUAGAAGUUCAUUCAAAAUUGAAUUUAGCAGCUUUGCUAUUUGCAAAUAUGACUGGUGGUGACAAUUUGAAAAACAGGGCUUCAUUCACGAGGGAGGGAAGGAAACAACUCUUUGCAGUUCUGCAAAAUGCUAGGGGUUCAUCAGCAUCUGUUUUAAAGGAAAAGCUUUCAUCCCUAGGGUCCUCAGGAAUUUUGGCCGACCAUCAACUUCAAGCACAAUUGCAAGAGCACCAUCUUAAGGGCAAUCAAAGUCAGCUUACAAUUUCAGACAUAGCAAGGAAAGCAUUCCUUUACAGUCAUUUCAUGGAGGGCCAUUCCAAAAGUUCUCCUAUUUCUCGGCUGCCUCUCAUAAGCAUUUUGGAUACCAAGCAUCAUCUGAAGGAUAUUCCAAUUUGCCUGCCCUUCCAUUUGGAGUUAAAUUUCUUUAAUAAAGAGAACCGAGUGCUUCAUUAUCCUGUUAGGGCUUUCUAUGUUGAUGGAGUCAAUCUCAUGGGAUACAAUAUCUGUUCCGGAGUGGACACCAUAUACAAGAAACUUUAUACAUCGAUUCCUGGAAAUGUGGAGUUCCACCCAAAGCACAUUGUUUACAGUAAAAAGCAGCAUCUGUAUCUUAUCAUUUAUGAAUUUAGUGGUUCUACAAACGAGGUGGUUCUUUAUUGGGAGAAUACUGAAUCUCAGCCAACUAACAGCAAAGGGAACACUGUAAAAGGUCGAGAUGCAGCAUUCAUUGGCCCCAGUGAAAAUCAUUUUGCAUUUCUUGAUGAAGACAAGACUGGGUUGGCUCUGUACAUUCUGCCUGGAGGAGCUUCAAAAGAAGCUGGUGAAAAAAAUUUAUUACUUGAAGAAAACCAGUCAGCGGAAACAAAUGCUGGCUCUCUUCGGGGUCCCGUUCAGUUUAUGUUUGAAAGUGAAGUUGAUCGUAUCUUUUCCACUCCAUUAGAGUCAACUUUGAUGUUUGUUAUUCAUGGGAGUCAGAUUGGUCUUGCAAAGUUAGUUCAGGGAUAUCGCCUUCCAACCUCAGAUGGCCAUUAUAUUUCAACAAAAACUGAUGGGAAAAAGUCAAUCAAGUUAAAGAUGAAUGAGAUUGUACUCCAGGUGCACUGGCAAGAAACUGCUCGGGGCUAUGUUGCAGGAGUAUUAACAACUCAAAGAGUGCUUAUGAUUUCAGCGGAUCUAGAUAUACUAGCAAGUAGUUCGACAAAGUUCGAUAAAGGACUUCCUUCAUUUAGAUCCCUUUUAUGGGUUGGCCCUGCUCUUCUUUUUUCUACUGCCACUGCAGUCAGUAUUCUUGGCUGGGAUGGAAUUGUGAGAACCAUUGUUUCUAUUAGCAUGCCCUAUGCAGUUUUAAUUGGUGCUUUGAAUGACCGGCUGCUGUUUGCGAACCCAACGGAGACAAAUCCGAGACAGAAAAAGGGGGUGGAGAUUAGAAGCUGUCUUGUUGGACUCCUUGAACCUCUUCUUAUUGGAUUUUCCACAAUGCAACUAACAUUUGAGCAGAAACUUGAUCUGUCAGAAAUACUGUACCAAAUAACGUCAAGGUUCGAUAGUUUGCGCAUUACUCCAAGAUCUCUUGACAUUCUUGCUAAAGGUCCUCCAGUUUGUGGAGAUCUAGCAGUUUCAUUAUCCCAAGCAGGUCCACAAUUCACACAGGUGUUGCGAGGCAUCUAUGCUGUCAAAGCUCUUCGAUUUUCUACUGCUUUAUCAGUCUUGAAAGAUGAAUUCUUACGUUCUCGAGAUUAUCCAAAAUGUCCUCCAACCUCUCAUCUGUUCUACCAGUUUCGACAAUUGGGAUAUGCCUGUAUCAAGUAUGGUCAGUUUGAUAGUGCAAAAGAAACUUUUGAAGUUAUAGCAGACUAUGAGAGCAUGCUUGAUUUGUUCAUAUGUCACCUUAACCCUAGUGCCAUGAGGCGUCUUGCUCAGAAGUUGGAAGAUGAAGGUGCAGAUCCCGAGUUAAGACGGUACUGUGAAAGGAUUUUAAGGAUUCGUUCUAGUGGAUGGACACAAGGAAUUUUCGCUAAUUUUGCUGCUGAGAGUAUGGUUCCCAAGGGAUCUGAAUGGGGUGGUGGGAACUGGGAAAUUAAAACUCCAACUAAUUUGAAGAGUAUCCCUCAGUGGGAACUGGCUGGAGAAGUAAUGCCAUACAUGAAAACCGAUGAUGGAACUAUCCCAGCCAUUAUUACAGAUCAUAUAGGUGUUUAUCUGGGAUCAAUUAAAGGAAGAGGCAAUGUUGUUGAAGUAAGGGAAGGUAGUUUGGUCAAAGCUUUCAAGUCAACAGGUGAUGAUAAGCCUAAUGGACUUGCAAACACAUUAGCUCAAACCUUAUCUAAUCAGACCAAGGGAUUGCCUGAUGGUAUUUCAAAGGGAGAUUCUUUAAUGGGUUUGGAGACUCUUAUUAAAAAAAAUGCAGGCUCGUCUGCUGCUGAUGAACAGGCCAAAGCACAAGAAGAAUUUAAGAAAACUAUGUAUGGUGCUGCUGAUGGUAGCAGCAGUGAUGAGGAAGGACCUUCAAAAGCCCGAAAAUUACAAAUUAGAAUACGGGAAAAACCGCUUACAUCUGCUACAGUAGAUGUUGAUAAGAUUAAAGAAGCAACAAAGAUAUUUAAACUUGGUGAAGGGCUGGGCCCACCCAUGCGAACAAAGUCAUUAACCGGAUCCCAGGACCUUAGCCAAAUAUUAUCCCAACCACCUGCAACGAAUGCAAAUGCAACAGGCGCUUCCCCUGGAGGUGAUUUGUUUGGUACUGAUGCAUUUGCACCAUUAGCACCAGUGUCACAGCAGGGUCCUAUGGUUACAGGUGUAGGAGUUACAGUGGGACCUAUUCCAGAAGAUUUUUUCCAAAAUACUAUUUCUUCUGUCCAAGUUGCAGCAUCACUACCUCCUCCUGGAACAUAUCUUUCAAAAUUAGACCAAACUUCUAGGCAGGGCCAGGUAGCUCCUAAUCCAGCUGCUACUAUGGCUUCCAUUGGUCUUCCAGAUGGCGGUGUACCUCCACAAGCCUCUCAGCAAGCUGUCUCAUUUGAAUCUGUGGGACUUCCUGGUGGCGGCGUCCCACCACAAGCUUCUGGUCAGGCUGCUUCCAUGCCUCAGCCUCAUGUUCAGGCACCUCAGGUGCCAGUUUCUUCACAACCUCUCGAUCUCAGCGUCCUUGGAGUUCCAAAUUCUGUUGAUUCAGGAAACCCUCCUGUGAAAGAUGCUGCUCCACCAUCAUCUGUGCGGGCUGGGCAGGUUCCCAGAGGAGCUACUGCUUCAGUUUGUUUUAAAGUUGGACUCGCCCACCUUGAGCAGAAUCAACUUUCUGAUGCGUUAUCAUGUUUUGACGAAGCUUUCCUUGCACUAGCUAAGGAUAACUCUCGUGGAGCGGAUAUCAAGUCUCAAGCAACCAUCUGUGCUCAGUACAAGAUAGCCGUUACUCUGCUUCAGGAAAUUACGCGGCUGCAGAAAGUACACGGCCCAAGUGCCCUCAGCGCAAAAGACGAGAUGGCAAGACUGUCGCGGCAUCUAGGCUCUUUACCUCUUCUGGCAAAGCACCGAAUAAAUUGUAUACGUACAGCCAUCAAGCGGAACAUGGAAAUGCAAAAUUUUGCUUAUUCCAAGCAGAUGCUUGAGCUUCUCCUGUCAAAAGCUCCGCCAAGCAAGCAGGACGAAUUGAGAAGCCUGCUCGACAUGUGUGUUCAGAGAGGAUCAUCAAACAAGUCCAUUGAUCCCUUGGAAGAUCCUUCCCAGUUUUGUGCUGCUACGCUCAGCCGCUUAUCAACCAUUGGCUAUGACGUUUGUGAUCUCUGUGGAGCCAAGUUUUCUGCCCUCUCAGCACCUGGAUGCAUCAUCUGCGGUAUGGGCAGCAUUAAAAGAUCAGAUGCAAUAGCAGGGCCUGUCUCUUCCUCGCCAUUUGGCUGAGGUCUAAAUGAAAGAAAAGUCUGUUUGCUCCUUUUCAGACAGCUCCCGCCAAUUUCGUUUGAGUGCAUGUUCCUCGGCUAGUCCUUAACUUGAGCCAUUGAGAAGAUCCAGCAAUGUCAUUCAUGUAUAUUUGUAUCAUUCAUUUGUUUGUUAUAUUACUUUAGCCUUUCUCGCUCUCAUGCUCUCAGCGUUUUAUAUAAUUAUUACCUUUCUUCUUGUCAUUUCAUUCUUGCAGUUGUUGUAGCAUGUAACUAACAUAACAGACUUUGCAAUUUUGUAGAAAAUGAUGCAGCCCCGGGGUUUUUAGUGAUGAGACUGCUUGGUUUGUUA